UGAGGCGACAGUAGCGAGGACAGAGACCGCGACCGGAGGCCCUCUCUUCUCGGCUGUGCUGUGGUGAGUGCCGCCGCGCUUAAACACUAAGGCCGCGUAACCGUGAGUACUGGGCCGGCAUACUCGCCCGAGUACCUGGCCGCGCGACUGCAGAAGGCAGCAGGGCGAUUGCAUUCCGAAUGGCGAGACAGUCAGCUGCUCGCUGAUGACGUGAAAGGAGACGCGCUCACCCUGAGGCUGAGGCGCUGCGGCGCGGCCCGGCAUGCAGGGAGUGUGGGCGGCUGGGCAGGCGGCGGCCCGCCUCUGCCGCGGCCUCUGCUUCGUGGCGCUCUGGUACGGCAGCAUCUGCGCCGGCUUCCUCUUCAUCUUCUGCCCGCUGCUGCCGCUCGCCCUCCUGCACCAGCAGCUCUACCGCACCAUCACCGACGUCGUCUUCUCCAUGUGGGAGCUCUACCCCACGGCUCUGAUGGAGUGCGUGCUGGGAGUACGGAUCGUGGUGACGGGUGACGCGGUUCGUGCAGCGGAGCACGGUCUGCUGGUGAUGAACCACCGCACGCGCACUGACUGGAACUUCCUGUGGGCUGCCAUGUUCCAUGCCAGCCAGCCGGCUGCACACCGCCUCAAGAUCGUGCUCAAGGAUCCCAUCAGGCACAUACCAGGACCCGGAUGGGUAAUGCAGCUAACAUGUUUUAUGUUCAUACACCGGUGCUGGGAGAAAGACCAGCAGCUGCUGGCCACAGUAUUGGACUACCUUCAUGACAUCAACCACACUUGUCAGGUUCUGCUGUUUCCGGAAGGCACAGACCUCACAGAAGGUAGUAGGCAGCGCAGUCACAACUAUGCAGACAGCCACGGACUGCCACAUUAUCAGUAUGUGCUGCAUCCCAAGACCACUGGAUUCACAUUCCUGGCCCAGCGAAUGAGAUACAAUGGCCACCUGGAUGCAGUGUAUGACAUGACUGUAGGCUACCCAUGUUCUGUACCACAACAAGAGACAGAUCUCUUGAAGGGAAAUUUCCCUCAUGAAGUUCAUUUUCAUGUCAAAAGGUACCCCAUCUCCGACCUGCCAACGGGUGAUCCUGAGUUGCGGCAGUGGCUGUCCAGGGUGUGGCAGAACAAAGAGAACCUCCUGCGAGACUUCUACACGAGAGGUGGCAGCUUCUCCCGGGCUACGACCCCUGUGGGCACAUCACCGCCGGGUUCCGGUACGGCACCGGUUUUGCCAUCUCCUGACUAUUCUGGCCUCGAGCCGCUUGACAGUUCUCCCUCAAAAUCCCUGUCAUGUACUCCAGCUGCACCGGAGCACAGUAAUUUGAAAGGGCCGGUCCUUCACAGCAACGCUCUGUACCUCGCACUCGCCUUCUGGACGCUGCUGUCACUGCUGCUGGUGGCAGCUCUCGCAUUCUCGUCAAUAGUUCAAUGGUGGGCCUUGUGGAAUGUUCUCCUGUUCUUCACAAUAUCAACAUUCUCUGAGGGUGCACACCUACUCGAGAUCCGUUUCUUUCAUUUCAAGCAACGCAUCUUGGGACAGUCUAUUCAGCAUCGUAUGAAGAAUGGAAAAACAGAGGUGUGUAAACAGAACUGAUAUUAUCAUCUCAUAGAGAAUAAAACUACUGGCACACUCUCUGUCUGUGAAAAAGUAUCUUACAGCAUUUUAAACAGCUAUGUUUACUGUUUCUUUUUAAAGAUGUACUUUGAGGGCAACAAAAUUUCAUUCAUCUCUUUAUUUCUUGACAAAAAGGAUGCAAAUUCGUCAGAGAAACAUACUACCUGUGCUGGACGUGAAAUACAAAAACAAAAGAAAAAAAUUCUUUUUGAUAAUUGACAUGGAAUUUUUUUCUUAUGGCAGCAAUAAAGAACAAUAUUUUCUGGUGAUAAAAACUCAAUGACAUCUAUGAGUCAUUUCAGUAAUUACUUUUAAAAGAAAUUUAUGACACUAACAAAUAGGUUCAUAGAUUCAGAAAUGCUCAUGCUGAAAUGACACAAUAUUCUUAGUGUAUACCGUACUCAUAUGAGUUUUCUGUGGAUGUAAUCUCAAACUGAUGUACGACAAAAAUUCAUAUGUUGCAGCAAUAAUAUUUUAUCACUGUCUACCCUUCAGUAGCUUUCUGAUUGUUGUAAAAAAGAAGUAUGUUUUUUAAGCAGGUAUCAUAUUAUAACCUUAUAGACUUUGCAGCAAAAUAGUUUAUAACAAAUUUAGUUACAUAAGAUUAUAUUGUGGCAAAAGCGAAAGUUACUUGUGGACAUUAUAAAGUUACAGGGAAGCAGAAUGACUGGACAGUACUUAGUCACAAUAGAUGAGGAUUUCAGUACCGCCAAUAGACACAUAUUUAAAAAGUAAAAGAAACUAUCUUAACUUUUAGAAGUAUCAGGUUGUUCCUCAGUGAGGGAGAGGAAUAGGCUUGGAAGGGUUAGAAAUAAAGUGCAGGAUGAGAGAGAGAGAGAGAGAGAGAGAGAGAGAGAGAGAGAGAGAGAGAGAGAGAGAGAGAGAGACUCGGCUGUGGUGAGCAUUAAGGAAGUUAGACACUGAGUGCAGUGACGGAAAAACAUCUAUCAUAAAAAAAAAAAAAACUUAGAACCUUAAUGGCUGUAAGCUUAUCAUGGUUCUUAGGUGGCAAACCAUGAUCUUCAAAAAAAAGUGCCUUAAGUGGCUUCGUGUGAAGUUUCAGAGAUGCACAUUUACUUACUCAAUUGUGGAGAUUGUGUAAAGGAUGAAGGGUGCACCUGUUGAUGGGAUAAGCAGAGUUUGUCUGGCAUCGAGGUGACCUACCACUCCUUUCUGAACUCCCCCGACAUAUCCCUUUGUCCUAUCCAAAAAAGGAACUAAUUAUUCCACAAGCUAUGAUAGUUUUUUGUACUUUUAUAAGUGUGUGUCAGUAAUUUUGUAAUUCCAUCUACUGACAAGUAUCAAUCGACUGUUCUGUAUCUUUGUUACUGCAUAGGUUAUACUGAGAAGAUACUGUCCUUCUCGUAUACAUUGCCAGACCAUUUCCUCCAUGUUCUGGAUUGCAUUGCUCAUAUUUCUUCUGAAGCAGCUGUAAUGUCUUCAGGAAAUGAAAUUUUAAGAUAAUAUACUAUAUGAGUUUGGCGAAUCUCAGUUUUAGAUUUAAUGUAGACCCAUGAAGGCAAACCACAGAUCGGUAGAUUCAUGUAGUGUGGAGUCUUAGGAACAGCAUUGAAGCAUGAUAUUACAUGUUGUAGGAACAUGUGCCAAACAACAUGAAGUGAAUAUUUGUAUUGAGGAUUAUGGCUACAUUUUGUUGACAGCACAUUUAUCUCAUGUUGUCCAGUAAUCUCUGAAUGUACAUGUUCAAAAAUGUGCUUUAUAUUUUGACAUUUAAUGCUCAACAGCUGUAGUACCCUAGCUCUUCAAACAAUAAAUUAGAAAUAGAUGCAUAAAAUUUUUAAAAAAUUUAAAAAAUGAAAAGCAACAGCAGUUCUCAAAACUGAAGCACUGCACCACACUGUAACCAAAAGGCUAUGGAGAGAUAAUUAAUUCUCAUGGGUCCUUCAUUGCCCACAACUGACAGUAUUGUGAACCUGUACAACCUUCCAAAUGAAAAUAUGCAUCAUAGCUCAUCAUAGAUGUUACAUUCCCAGCAGCAAUGCUUUUCAUCUUUUUUUAAAAAAAAAAUAAGUCUGCAUAAGGAAAAUUACUUUUACAGUGUUGUUGAAUAAAUAGCAUUCUGUGCAUAUGGAAGUUCACUGCCUCAAGUAGGAUGUGCUAUAGCAAGCAAUGAGACACGUAUAAUGUUGGAUGCUUGUGGGUGAAAUUUCCACAUUUCUAUGAAGCUGUACAGAUAUCUUGUUAAUAUCCUCACAGAUCCAGUUGUUGGAAACAGUUAAAACCCAUGCAUUACAAAGGUGUUGAUCAAUUACAAAGGCUUCAAAAGUGCUGCUCAGUGGCGAAAUUUGGUGAUCUAUAUCACACUGCAACACAGCUGUUAAAAUUGUAUGCUAUGAACUACUUGCAAAGCAAUGGGGAAUGUCACCCCAAUCCUGUUUUCAAAUGGUCCCCACAUAAAAUGUGCAUUCUGUUUGAAUCAGGUAGUGUGGACAACCUUUAUUACUUAGUCAUUUCUCUGCAUCUGUAGUGAAUUUUUCAAAUAAAUCAGGACCCUAAUAACAUGCAGAGAUUACUCAAGCAGUGACUCUGUCACAUUAUUGUUAAUAAUACUAGAUCUUUCAUUCAUACUAUUGUAAUGUAUGAAAAACACACACAUAUUCCAAAUACAAAUGCAUCUUUUCUAGGUCUGCCCAAAUGGUCACAAAGUUUUUAAAUUUUUUCCACAUACAUGACCCAUAAAAUAUGAAGUAUGUAUGUAUAUAUGAAACCAGGGACCUAGAAAUGACAGGGAGGCUUUGUCUUGCCUUAUCCCUCUGUGGUUCACAACCCCACAACAGGCUACAGCACUCCACCCAACCCAUCGCUGCCCCACACCAAACCUAGGGUUAUUGUGCGGUUCGGUCCCCAGUGGAACCCCCCGGGAACAUCUCAUACCAGACGAAUGGAAACCCAAAUGUUUGCUUGGCAGAGUAAUUAUGGUGUACACAUACAUGGAAACUGUUUGCGCAGCAAUUGCUGACACAGUGUAACUGAAGCGGAAUAAAGUGGAACAAGCCUGCAUUCGGUGAGGUUGAUGGAAAACCGCCUUAAAAACGAUCCACAGGCUGACUGGCACACUGGACCUUGGCACUAAUCCACUGGGCGGAUUUGUGACAGUGACCGGUAUGCCUUCCCACUAGGGAAGCAGCACGUUAGACUGCACGGCUAGCUGGGUGGGCUAAUAUGAAGUAACUUACGUAAUCUACUUUCUUGUAUCUAGGAAUAGCUCUACUAGAUACUGCACUGUAACUGCUUAGGAAAGCAAAAGUAGUUUACAAACAACAUUCCAGUUACAAAAACUAAGUAUCCAUUCAAACUCAAGGCAAACCCAGCAUUAUAUCCAGUUCCAUACUGAUGUAUGCUGUUGAGAAUGGAGCAACUGACUAGUUUCCAAAAGCAGUUCACAUUGCAUGUACAUAACAUAUACUGUAUUAAAAGGAAUGUUAAUAGUAAAUAUUUAGAACACAAUGUGGGAAAAAGUAUGUAGAUCUGUGCCUUUUUGUUGUGAAAAGUAUUGCUAUAAAAAAGUUUUAAUCUCCAUAAGAAGCAUGAAAAACAAUUUGCAACAUUAUGUACAAAAUAGUCAGUGCAACAGUUUAUAUCAAUCCUGUGACAAGCACAUCUGUGUUCCUAUUUUUGCACAUCUUUUGAUGAAAAUACAUCUAUUAUUUAAGCUGAAUCUGGUCACUGAAUAUUUUCAUGCAGUCUGCACAUAAUCAGCUUGAUAACUGCGAUAAUUUAAAUAGUGAAGAUUGAUGCACAGAUUCUUUAUCUUUGCUCGCAAGUUUCUCUCUGGGUUUGAUUUUAAUUUGAGCAUGCUAUUACUUGUUUUUCACAUAAGAAGUUGAAUUAGUUAAAAUAGCUAUUAAUGUCAUUAGUCAGUACAUAGUUUUCUAACAAAAGUACAGAAGCUGGAAUCAUGUUAUUUAAAAAAUUUUCAUUCAUGUAUCUUAGUUACAUGACAAUUUGCUUUCAUGCAGUGAUCACAAUAAAAAUAACUAGUCCACGUGUAAAUGUAAAACAUUUGGUCAUUGUAAAGCAGUAUACCCCUCUAACUCCAGCAAAAUUGUAGAAAUUAUUAUACUGGUAAUAGUACAUAAUGUUUCUAUACCAUACUACACAGCAUUUUAAUGUACUGUGUACACAGGUGUAGAAGUUCUGUUUUCAGAAUUUCACAGUAGGUUUCUGGAAACUUAGAUUACUGUAACUCCAUGCUACUAUGCGUAUUUAUUUCACACCCUGGAUGUACACAUCUCCAGUAAUGAUAUAAUUGUUGUAAAUCACGUCAUCUAUUUUUGUGGUGGAACACAGUGGUCAGCAACUGAUAGUUUUAUAGACUCCUCGAAUUCAGUUGUCUUGUAUCAUGUGGAAUACACAUCAGCAUAUGUGGUCCAGUGUCGUUUGAAAAUUGUUCAAUAUCAGAAUUUGUGCUUUUAUUAAGAACUUUGUUUCAAUAUUUACAUUUAUUUCAAUGUACAUGUAAGUCAUAACAUUUGUAGAGGUUGUGAUUAGGUAUAUACUAUAUAGUAGUUAUAGUUCAGAGCUGCAACUAUGGUAAUAUUUUUUUAAAUUAAAUAUAUUUAUUCAGGUUAGUCUGUGGAAUUAGUUCAAGUUCUGAGCAAUAAAGAAGUUUAAAUGGCAACUUAUUAUUGCAAUAAUGUAAGUAAAUAUAUAUAUAUGCUGGACCAAGUCAAGGAAUUGAAGAAGAGAAUUGCCCUAUGAAGUUUUACUGCUUCAGAAAUGAAAUGUAAUUAUUGUAGUGCUAUUUUCAAUAGUAUGUAAGUGUCAGUCAAUUUUUAAAUGAAAUGAAAGUGACUCUCUCUCUCUCUCUCUCUCUCUCUCUCUCUCUCUCUCUCUCUCUCUCUCUCUGUGUGUGUGUGUGUGUGUGUGUGUGUGUGUGUGUGUGUGUGUGUGUGUGUGUGUGUGUAGGGAAAAUGCAAGCUUUAUUAAAAAUUCACUAUCUUAGUUUUAAGUAACAACAUUAUUUAGGAUGUUAAUUUAUUUGGUCACUGUUAAGUUUUUCCUUUGGUGAAAAAGUUAGUUAAUUUUGUUAGACUUAUAUAAAAAAUGAAGAAAACUACUCUAGAAGUGUGUAGGAUGACAGCUUACCCAAUUUCUCUGCAUAAUAAUAAGUCUCUUACUUAUGUCUGGUUACAUGCGGAGUAAGACCAGAAGACAUGCUGGUCCAACAAUACCAAACAAUUUACAGUUUUAUGCUAAACUAAAAAAAUUAUCUCCUUCAGUCAUGAAAACCAACAUGUCUAAAGUUAUUCAACAGGGUACAACAGUACAUUAUUUCUGCCACAUAACUCUGACAGUACUCAGUGUAUACUUUGAGGGCGCCCACUGUAGCUAUGUUUGUUAUGGAAACUAACUUGAUACCUUUACGAAUACAGCCACAUUCCAGUUCAAAGUAGCACACACUAUUAUCUCACACUGCAAAUGUGACGAGUGAACAUGAAUAUGUCUUCACAGACAGAUACAACUAUUUAGUAUUGUGUCACAAAUUCACUGAUAAUGAAAAGAAAGUGUUAGUAAUGGCAGAGAAGGUAACAGAACAUUGCUUCUGGGGAGUUGAAAUUAAAUCAGUGCUGCAAAAAUUACAGAAUGAGAGCAAAAUGCCAAGGACAAUGAGUGUGUUGCCAAUAAAUAUUUCUUUUACAAUAUUGAUAAACAUGCUGCUAGGCAGAAGGUGCUUCGAUACUGUGGACGACAAAAGGAACUAAUGGUGCUAACUCUCCCAUGACUUCAUAGUUUUUAUCACACAUACUGUAUUUUAAGUCUACAAAGGAAGUUAGCAGAAAAUUUAUUUUACCUCGGAGAUUGAGUUUUCAGAGAUGGCUGAUUAAAUGUGUGAUUAUACGUGGUGACAAUAUGUAGUUUCUAAGAGGGAAAACAAAGAACAUUGGAAACAUCAUGACGGAAAGGAAACUAUAUUGUACUUUCUGAACCAGAGGGUACAUUAAACAAUACUGCACAAUAUUGUGGCAAUACAAAAUAAAGCCAACAGCAAGUAGAAGACAGAACAACGGUCUCCUCAUCUCAGAUUCAGAGAGCCAAUGGACAUGUCAGAAAGACUUCCUGCCAAUAGGCUUCAGCCCAGUGUACAAAGUAACAACAUACACUGAGAUGUGAUCAACUCCUCAAAAGAUGCUAUCAACAGGCUGCACAAAACUGAGAUCUAACAAUACAAUAUCUGUGAAUUGGUAUACAAUGGUGAUAGGGAGUGAUCUGAAAUAUAUGCCUAAUGUGGCGAGAAAGGCACGUGUGUCUCAGGCAGGUAGUAAAUCGACAGUGGCAGAAAUCACAAUGAAAAUACAGUCACUGCAGGGCCAGAAAACUUGUGUACCACCUGAGGGACCAGUGCCUUUUGAGAGAAAGACAAUAGAUGAAACUGAGGUGGGAAAGUAGGCCUUUAGCGCAAAUUGUGAUGAUGAUAUGGGUGCCCAUUGUCUUGGGCAGAUUAUGUGCUGGCAACUGACAAUACAUAUUGUGGCUUAAAGCACAUGGCACACUAUGUUGUCUCAGCCAAAUGGUGGCUGCCGCACAAUCAGCACUGAGUCAUAGUGGAGUGUGCUCAUUAUUUGACAAUAUUGGCCAUUAAAAAAUUGAGUAAAAAUUACCAUCAAUAAAAAAUGUCAACGUCCGUCUACCAACUUCCAUCAUUAAAAAAAUUUUAAUGAAUUUUCAACAAGUGAUCAUAGGGCUAACAAGCAACAUUAAUGUGUAAGAUAAUGAGUGUCACUGGGUAAGUAGUAGGUACAUGCCACUGAAGAUGGUUGUUUGCAACAGUAAAUGUAAUGUUGGUUAGUAUCAAAACAUCGAGAAAUAGUCAUGUGUCCAGACAGCUUUUACUGAAACUUCCAAAGAUGGCAGAAACCUACACUUUGUUAUUGACAAAAUGACAGCAUUGUUGAAUUAAAUUGCUAGUCCACAUUUAAUUAUCUAUAGAGCUGGUGAAUGUCAGUAAUUAACUUAUAUGGGUACCGGAGCUUAUGAUGGCGCUUUCUCUGUCUCUGUCUCUGUUUCUUUUUCAUUCAUAAACAUGACAAUGCUGCCAACCUACGAGACUUCGGUCCACCUCAUUCUAUAAUAUGUUACACAUUUUUAACUGAACGAGCCAUGUUUAUUUUAUGUGUUACAUUCAGUAAUUAUGUUGACAUCUUUUGCUGACAUGUAUUGUAAAGAGUGAUAGCAGUAGCAAAUGAGAUGUUGAUAUUUAAUGGUUAAACAUAAGUAUAAUAACUUCUUCCAGGUGAAGGGAGAAGCUGAAUGUGAAUUCAAUGUGCCAAAUAUUUUCUAGGUAAAUUUUCCAUUCUUGCUCAAAACAUGCAAGAAUUUGUAACUAAUUCCUGUUAUAUUAAAUUGUAUAGUGAACAUUUUUAAGAGCCACCAAAUUUCUCAAUAUAUGACAGUAGCAUUAAGACAAUGUAAAUAUGUGAGUUUUAUAGUACCAUUACACACAUUUUAAUCACAUUUUAAUUAAUUAAAGUGAAUGUAUAUAUACAAUAUCUUUGACUAAGCUGUGGAGAACUGUGCUCUAUUGUAAACAGUAAUCACUCUGUAAAAUGAAUUUAUCUUUUCCUACUCCUGAUAUAACUUACUUUUGUACUGUGGAAGCAUCCAGGUGAGUUGCUGGCAAUAGCACUUGGAUGAUAACUGUAAAUUGUAGUCAAUUAAUAUUUCUUAUAAUAAUCAGAGUUUUACUCUGGUCAGUAACAUGAGUCAGUAAAUUGUAGUACUGAUAGAUGCUUGAAGAACCAUCUUCUGAACAUGAAAUAUUAGAAAUAAAUGUAAUUUCAAUUGGA